UAGGUCAUAUUUACGUCGUUACGGUUUCAGGACCGGAAGUCUGCGUGUAAGAGGAAGAAAGGCCUCCGGAGCUCCGAGAAUUAUGUGAAUGAGUUUCGAAAUUGGAUUGGCCGUAGAAGAAACCUCACCGAAUUUCAUCUGACCACAUGUUUUCCUUCGUUUUCAUACCCACCCGACUUCUUCCUCCAGCGACCAUAUCUUUGCAACUCCCAACUUGCUUCUCAUCCUAACUCACAAUGGCGUCGAUGCAUAUCUGCCGCAUGCUUUUCUCUCCGGGGGUUUUUUCUACUCUUCCCGGUUUCGUAGGGGUACUAUUGAGGUUUGGACCUUCUAGUUGUCGGCUGUAUGGCACCUACAGCAGUAAAUUUGACUUCACAGACUUGACACGUCCUCAUUCAUGGUAUCCAAAUGCACGAAGGAAACAUCGCAAAAUUUUUCUGCACGUGGGUCCAACAAAUAGUGGCAAAACUCACAAUGCUUUGAAGAGACUUGAAUCAAGUGAUUCUGGCUUAUAUUGUGGUCCCCUGAGAUUAUUGGCCUGGGAAGUCGCCAAGCAAUUGAAUAAGGCUAAAAUUCCCUGUGAUCUGAUCACGGGUCAAGAAAGAGAAGAAGUUGAUGGUGCAAAACAUAAGGCCGUUACUGUUGAGAUGGCUGAUGUAACCUCCGAUUACAGUUGUGCUGUUAUCGACGAAAUUCAGAUGUUGGGCUGUAAGACAAGAGGUUAUUCAUUUACACGUGCACUACUUGGACUUUGUGCUGAUGAGGUUCAUCUUUGUGGAGAUCCGGCUGUUGUACCUCUUAUUCAGGAAAUUCUUAAAGUAACCGGUGAUGACAUUGAGGUGCAAUACUAUGAGAGACUUUCACCUCUGAUUCCAAUGAAUGUUCCACUUGGACCCUAUUCUAAUAUUAGGAAGGGUGAUUGCAUUGUCACCUUUUCACGUCGCAGAAUAUAUGGUUAUAAGAAAGAAAUUGAAAGCAAGGGUAGACAUCUUUGCUCUAUAGUUUAUGGUUCACUACCACCAGAAACUCGAACGAGGCAGGCAAUGAUGUUCAAUGAUACAACCAGUGAGUUUGAUGUGCUGGUGGCUAGUGAUGCCAUUGGGAUGGGUCUUAAUUUGAACAUCUCGAGGAUCAUAUUUUCGACUAUGGAGAAAUUUGAUGGUUUUGAGAUGCGGGAGCUUACUGUACCAGAGAUCAAACAGAUUGCAGGUAGAGCUGGCAGGUACGGAUCCAAAUUUCCCAUUGGUGAAGUAACUUGUAUAAAUGGAGCUGAUUUACCCUUACUUCAUUUAUCGCUCAAGUCCGCUUCUCCCACUAUAGAGAGAGCUGGGCUAUUUCCAACUUUUGAACUCAUGUAUUUAUAUUCCCGUCUGCACCCUGAAAAUGGCCUGCAGCAGAUACUGGAGCACUUUGUUGAGAAUGCUAAAUUAUCUGAAAAUUAUUUCAUUGCUGACUGUGAAGAAAUAUUGAAAGUUGCUGCCGUCCUUGAUGAGAUGCCUCUCAGUUUGCAUGAUAAGUACCUUUUCUGUAUCAGUUGGUUGGUGCCCCAUUUUUUUGCAGCCCUGUGGACAUGGCCGAUGACAUUACAUCCCAAGUUUGCUCAAAAUUAUGCGAAUAAAGGCAUUGUUCGGCUACGAGAAAUAUUCACAGCAGGAAUGCUUCAAGUGCCACAAACACAAGCUGCACUGAAGGAGCUCGAAUCCAUUCACAAGGUGUUGGAACUCUAUGUUUGGUUGAGUUUCCGACUGGAGGAAUCGUUCCCGGACCGCGAAUUGGCAGUUUCACAGAAGUCAGUCUGCAGCAUGUUAAUUGAGGAGUUUCUGGGAAGCGGAUGGCAAAGACCAAGAACAAGGCAAUUGAAGUCGAAUAUCCGCUCAAGAUCCUUGCUGUCCUCUAGUGUUAAACGACAUCUCUGAGACACUAAUUACAUAAUAGUAGCUUGAAAAGCUGAGAAGUUCGAACGGUUUCUUUAUCCCACUAAAUGUAUUUACAUUGAAAAGAGCUUCUUCAAGCAAAAAGGCUGCUCCUUUCUACAUUUUGACCCUUCCAAUUAGACAUAGGUUAUCUUAUUUAGUUACUCUAUAAAUCUUUCCGGUAAAUCUGGUUACAUGAGGGAAACUUUUUACCAUUAGUUAAGCUCCAUUGCAGAUAAAUAAAAAGGAACAUUUUUGUA